UGUUACUUCCGUGUGAAAGCAUGUUGCAGGCUUUGAUGCAGUGUUUGUGGGAAAGGAGAUUUCCUAAAAAAUUCAACGUCUUAUCCGUUGGACAGGUGUUUAGAAGUGCGAAGUCACUACUUGUCCUUGGGUGCGAGGACGGAGUUAUCCGACUGUUUGAUCUCCCAGUGUCAGGAGAGAAGAGCAGCGAGAACACUCUACAAUGCAUAUCAGCCCUUGAGACCAAAGGAGGGCCCAUACAGCAGCUGGCUCUCCACAACGUGACCAGGUUUGGUUCGGUGGACCUCAUUGCGGCAGACUCGCAGGGAACCGUCACCAUCUUCUGUAACGAACAGAUUCUGGCCAGGUGCAGUCUGGGAGAACACAGCAUCAGCUGUUUGGAUGUAGAGGAGGAUGCAAUUGGAAACUUGAUGAUAGUGGCAGGAGAUGAAGGUGGAACAGUGAAUGCCUUCCUACCAUACAGCACUCUGUGGAGACUGAGACUACAAGAUACUAGAAUAACAAGGGGAGUGAAUAGCAUCCCCACAGUACGUUGCCUGUUGGCAGUAGGACUGUGUAGCUCCACUGGUGAUGUGUCAAACUACAUACUAGCAGCAGACAACUACAGGAACCUACAUGUCAUCCAAGGUGGCACCAUUGUGCAGACUUUACCUACAAAUGCCAUCAUCAAUGCUAUGUGUGCAGGUAACUUUGUAGACACAGAUGAUGUACAUUGGACAAAAGGAGGACAAAAGGAUAUAGCUGGCAGGACUGUACCAAGUCAGGUAGCCCUUGGAGGGGAGGAUGGGUCCAUCUAUAUCAUGAGUAACUUCCAGGUGUCAGUGGUGGAGUACAGCAAUGUGAAGCUGCCCCUGACACAGCUGUUGUGUGUACAAGACAGCAUACCGGGACAGGAGGACUUCAUCCUGUGUGCUGGCCACUUCAAUGCCCUAUUUGUGUACCAGGCAGGCAAGAGGGUCUGUCAGCACAAGACCCCAGACUGGGUCGUUUCCAUGGCAACAGCAGAUGUGGACAGGGAUGGAAAUGUGGAGGUGGUGGUCGGUUGUCUGGACAACACUGUACAGGCCCUGAAACUGACCACAUCCAGGUGAUGAGGUCACUUCUGAGUGUCUGUAGACUGUCUUACUUAUGAUCUCUUGCUAUUGUUCCAAUCAUGUCAUAUUGUAGCACUUCCACCCAAGAAAAAUUCAAGUUAUGCUAAAUUUCAAAUGAUGGACGUAAAUGUUACUACAUUAAGGUAUCAAAUUGUUUCUAUCUUCUGAAUCAAAUGUGUAUUUUGUUUCUGUAUCCACCACAAUAAAGUCAUAUUUGUAAAGCAUGUUUUCUUGUUACUUCAGCUUCCUAACUUAUCACUAAUAUUGAGAAGUAAAAAAACCCAGCACCAGUCAGUUUCCUUUGAAGUCCAUGUAUAUAAUGUGUCUGCAAUAUCCAGUGAGCCAAGCAGGUGUUGAGUAAUGUUCUUGGAUAAUGAUAGCAAUAAUGUUGACCUUGUACAUGAUAGUAACUGGAGUAUAAAACUGUCAUUUCAUUCUGGAUAAGUGGAGUUCACAAGUCUGUACAUCAUGUAUCUGGUUAAACUUGCAACUUUCACAUAGUGCACUACAUGUUUUUGGCGUAGUAUUUGCUUCUCAUGGCUUGAGAGGUGUUUAAUAGCUGUCCUUGUAACAAAGUCUUCUUAUCUGCUAGUGUUUCCAAUUGAAGAUAUUGGGAUGUUGCAGUACCUGCCUCACCAACUAGAUGUCACUGUUGCACAAGGCAAAUACAGUAUUAUCAGUGUACGGACCCUAUGAACUAUCCCACUUCAAUACACAACAUUUCCCACCAUAACAGUAAAGUUAAAUCUGAUGAAUAUUCUAUUCUACACUGAACAAACCUGUAAUACUACUUAUACACUAUUAGCUAUAGGGAGCAGUAAAACUCUUAACUGUAACUUGGUAGACACACAGAGAUGCAAUGAGAGGAAGUGACGUGUACUUAUAAGAAAAUAAACAUUUCUGUGCUAAUCUUUACAAGACCAAUGCAUACAGGUAUCUAUUCUAGUACUAUUACUUUUUGUCAUAUAGCACUUUGGCACAUAGUACACCUACGUGAACUAUAAGCCCUCAAUCUGACAUUAAUUAUCAAUAGACAAAGAGGAGAGAACAAGAGAUAUUUUGUGCUGAGUAGUCUGACAGUGAGCUGCUCUUGCUCACCAAAAUGUACAGAGUUUAAACCUGACUGUCCAUGACAUGGGGACCCUCUGCUGCUGCAUGGUUCUACAUAAGCGCCCCCUCACAGGUUCCAGAGGAAAUGCAGCUUAAGAUGACAACUUUAACCAUUACAUCCGUUGUACAGUCCCAAAUUCCAUCUAUUCAAUUCAAUUAGCGAUUAUCAUGAAAGUUCAUCUGUGUUGGUAGUAAUCAUAGUAAAACGUUAAACUUUAUUCCAACACACAAUUCACAGGGAUCAAAUUUUCA